UCACUCACUAGACCUCGGGCCUGUAUUUCCUCUCCUGUGAAUAGGGAUGCCAGGGUGGCUUCAUCAGAGUGUCAGGGACGCUCAAAAUGAUAACACACAGUGAAACACUGUAAACUCUGAAGUGCUUCACCCGUGCAAGGUCUUAAUAAUAGCAGCAGUUUAACAUUCGUUGACAGCCACAUGCACAGCGCUUGAAAUCUAUUCUCUCAGUCUUCACAACUAUCACAAGACCUAGCUAAGUACUGUUAUUCCCUCCGUUUUAUAGAUGAGGAGAGUCUGAGAGGGUUAAGCAUCUAGUUCAACCUGAACCAGUAAAUCCUGAAUCUUACCCCUAAACACUAAGCUGCCUUUUCCGUGUAUUGUUAUUUAAUAGAGGCGCUGAGAUCUCACACGGGCUCAACGAACGUGGUUCCGUAAAUUGCUAAUUUAAAAGCAAAUGCCUUCCCACCCCGGCUCUUCCACGCGGAACGCCUCGCCCUUUCUCGCCGCACCUGACGCUCGGUCUCCCAGCCUCCGGCCCUCGCCCACGCUCCUCCCACUCCGCCCACGCCUCGGCGUUUCUGCGCAGGCGCCGGGCUGUCUGCGCAGGCCCAGUGGCCGAGCGGCGCCGGGGGACCUGUCAGUCCGUCCUCACCCAGCCCCACCCUGCUGAGCCCCGCCUGCUCUCCUUCGCGGCUGAGGCUGCUGCCUGCGGGAGAACUGGAGGAUGAGCUGAAUCUCCGCAGUUGUUAAACGUGUCUCCAGCGCUAACCACAAGGGUGUGGUGUCUUCCUGAAGAACAUUGCACUUUAAAAGGAAAGAUGCUGUCUCCAAAUGAUAAAAAGUUAGAAAAGCUGGAUCCAUUUUACCGACCUUCACUGUCCAAGCAGAAGACCAGUGCAGAAAUCAUAAGUGAAGCACGAAAUGCCUUACGAACUGUUAGGACCCAAAGACCAUUUACACCACGGGAAGACCUAAGAAAACUAUUUGGGCCUGCAUCUUCAAGAACACCAGAAAACAGACCUCCAUCCUCCUUCAGCGUCCAUGCAUCAAGUUUUGAGUUCUCUGAUUCCAGGCCCAUCUCUGGCACACGUCUCAGUCCACUGGAGCUUAAACCAAAAGCUCCAGCAUCUCCUGCCACAGUGGAAGAUUUCUGCCAUUCCUUUCCUAAACCCCCAGUGGACCCCGCGAAGAUUAGAAGGAUAAGCAGUGCCCGGGCGCGUUUAUUCAGGGCGGCCUCGCAGGGGGCUCUUCUGCCAGCCAGGACCCUUCUUCCCACUCAGUCAAAGAGAGUGGAAUCCGAAGAAACAGUUACGACAAGGGACUCUGUGGUGAAAAUAAAUGGGAUUUACUUAACAGAAUCAAAGGCCAUUGGCCACUUAAAGAGUCAUCCACUUCAGCUAACAUAUGAUGGAGACUUCAGUAAAAUCACGGAGCAAGAAAUGUUUAAAGGGGCAACGUCCUUGCCAUUUCAUCUCAGAAGUGGAGGAGACCAGGGGAAGAGGCGUCUGAGGGCCUCCUCGAGCUCCCGCAGCCCCGAGCGGCGCAGGCUGGACGUCAGAGCAGGCUCAAAAGCCGACUUGCAAGAAAAGAAUACAGAAAUAGAAGUAGAUGAAGUAUUUUGGAAUACAAGGAUUGUACCCAUUUUGCAUGACUUAGAAAAAGAAGAAAACAUUGAAAUGGUCUGUGCUGCUUGCACACAACUUCAUCAUGCUUUAGAGGAAGGAAACAUGCUUGGAAAUAAAUUUAAGAGAAGAAGUAUUCUCCUGAAGACCCUAUAUAAACUAGUUGAUGUUGGCUCGGACUUGCUGAGCCUAAAACUUGCAAAAAUUAUUCUAGCACUUAAAGUGAGUGGAAAGAAUCUUCUUAAUGUUUGCAAACUUAUAUUUAAAAUUAGCAGAAGUGAGAAGAAUGAUUCUCUGAUUCGAAAUGACAGCAUUCUGGAAUCAUUAUUGGAGGUCCUGAGAAGUGAAGACCUGCAAGCUAACACCGAAGCUUUCCUGUACUGCAUGGGGACCAUCAAAUUUAUUUCUGGAAAUUCAGAAUUUCUUCAUGAAAUGAUCGGCAAAGGUGCUGUUGAAAUAUUGAUGAAUCUGAUAAAGCAAGUAAAUGAGAACACCAAGAAAUCUGGGACAAGUUUGCCUAAUUCAGGCCACUUGUUAGUCCAAGUGACUGCUACACUGAGAAACUUGGUUGAUUCACCACUAGCAAGAAGUAAGUUGCUAAGCAUCAAUGCCCUUCCCCAGCUCUGCACAAUAAUGGAACAGUACAUAGGUGACAAGGAUGUCUGUACCAACAUUGCCAGAAUAUUCAGCAAACUUACUUCUUACCAUGACUGCUGUGUGGCCUUGGCCAGCUAUUCAAGAUGUUAUGGCUUGUUUUUGAAUCUGAUAAACAAAUACCAGAAGAAGCAGGAUUUAGUUGUUCGCAUUGUUUUUAUUCUCGGCAACCUGACAGCGAAAAACAACCAGGCUCGCGAGCAGUUUUCCAAGGAGAAAGGGAGCAUCCCAACUCUGCUGUCUUUAUUCCACACGUUCUACAAACUGGAUCUGCAUUCUGGGAAGCACUGGGGGGAAGGAGAUGAGCGUGCCAAGGCACCGAGGCCGGCCCAGGCCGAGGACGUGCUCAUCAAACUGACCCGUGUGCUCGCCAACCUGGCCAUCCACCCUGGCGUGGGCCCGGCCAUCGCCGCCCACUCGCACAUCGUCGGCCUUCUCCUCGCCACACUGGAAUCCAAGUCAAUUGAUGAUUGUGAGGAGCUGGUGAUCAACACUACGGCAACUAUCAACAACUUAUCUUACUACAAAGUGAAGAAUUCCAUAAUUCAAGACAGAAAGCUAUAUAUUGCUGAAUUGCUCUUAAAGCUCCUCAUGAGUAACAACAUGGAUGGAAUCCUAGAGGCUGUGCGUGUUUUUGGAAAUCUCUCCCAGGACCAUGACAUCUGCGAUUUCAUAGUGCAGAAAAAUGUCCACAAGUUCAUGAUUGCUCUGCUGGAUGCUAAGCAUCAGGAUAUUUGCUUUUCUGCCUGUGGUGUUCUCCUAAACCUCACCGUGGAUAGAGACAAGCGAGUCAUCCUAAAAGAAGGAGGUGGCAUUAAAAAGUUAGUGGAUUGUUUAAGAGAUUUUGGGCCUACUGAUUGGCAGCUCGCCUGCUUGGUUUGCAAAACGCUAUGGAACUUCAGUGAAAACAUCACCAAUGCUUCAUCCUGUUUUGGAGAUGAGGCUGCCAACACACUCUUAGCCCUGCUGUCGUCAUUUUUAGAUGAAGAACUAGCAUUGAAUGGGAGUUUUGACCAAGACCUAAAAAACUAUCACAAACUCCACUGGGAAACAGAAUUCAGACCGGUGGCACAGCAGCUUCUAAACCGAAUUAAGAAUCAUCACACCUUCCUGGAACCUCUGCCUAUUCCUUCUUUCUAACAUGAUGCAGAUUAACAACAGAAACAGGAAGUGAGGUCUCCAUCAUUCUUAAGAAGUGGUAACAAGCAUGAACUUUUUUUUUCAAUAUUAACAAAUAUUCAAAGUUUUUCAGGUACUUAUUUUAGUGAGUAGUCUUAGUGUAUUAAAAGAAAUAAGCAUUUCUUCUUGUGGUAGGUAUUGUGGAAAAAUGAAUAUACAUGUUGUGCUUCCAACUAUGAGAAAUUUAAGAUGAAAAUAUAUUCAUGGUAUUUCUAAGUAAAUGACUUUUUAUUCUAUUCUCUAUUGAAUAAUUUAGUUCUAGUCUUAAAAUCCUGAUGUCACAAUUCUAGAAUUUAAUUGCUUGUCAGUUCAGUCAAUGAACUGUGCAAUGAAGACAGUUAGAUUUUAUGUACAGAAAGAAUGGUGGUCAACACUAUUAGGAAUACAUUACGACAUAAGCAUCCGCACUGAUCCUUACAGCUUUUAAUAAUAGUCUUCUGGUUAGGUACCACUAUUUUUCUGGUUGUCAUACUGAGGAGGGGGAGGCAGAAAAAUUUAGAGAAGACUGCUUUGGGCCAUCCACUCUUUAUUAAAUAAGUAAAAUAGAUGAAAAAGAGAGUAUUUUCCCUUUUUAUUUUUAUUUGAAAUAAACUGAAUAGACCAGACAAUUCUACUUAUAACUCUUUGUGACUAUAGAGGUGAUCCAAUAUACUAGAAAUAUAUGGCAGAUCUCAGUUUGAAUCCUAGUUCUCCCCUGCCUAGGUUUUGGGCAACUAACUUAAUAUUUUUAGCUUAAGUGUACAAUGUAAUCAUGUAGUUUAGGAACAAGCAAACAAAAGUGGGCAAAUUGUCCAGUAUGCUGACUGAUGUGUAGUAGGUACUCAAUAAAUUACGGUUUUCCACCCUUCAUAGGAUAAGAUUGGUCUUUGAAUAAAUGAUCAACACCAAAGAAAUUGAGAUAACCAUUGCUAUCCUAUAUUAGCCAAAGAAAGAUUCAGAAUAAAAGUAGAUUUGAUACUCUGCUCUGUAGGGUUAGAGAUGAACCAUUAAUAACAUAAAAACUCAUCUCUUACCCUAACAAAAUACCAAGACUAAUGAGUUAAAGGCAGGCUUUUAACAGACUAGAUAGUCUUAUAAGUCUAUUAGAAAAACCCUAAAUUUCCAGAAACAAAUAGACUUUCCAAGGGCUCCUCUAGUUUGGGGCUCAUCCCAGGUUGGGGCUCAGCAAAAUCAUCUAGAGACACUCACUGUAGUCUGUCAUCCAUGCAUCUAUGCUAGGAGAUUCACUCUAACAGUUGAAAUCUUCUUAAAAAAAAAUAUUUAUUUGGCUGCACUGGGUUUUAGUUGUGGCAUGUGGGAUCCAGCUCCCCCAUCAGGUAUCAAACAAACCCAUGUCCCCUGCAUUGGGAGUGUGGAGUCCUAACCACUGGACCAGCUGGGAAGUCCCUGAAACAGUUUUAAAAAGUCUGAUAGGCUAAUCUCUCAAAAACAUUUGAAGAUCUAAGUAUUUUUACCCAUAGCAGGCUAUAUAUUCUACUUUCAGUGAAAAAGAUAAAACUCUCUUCCCCCUAAAAGAGCCCCCUCAGUAUUUAUAAUUAAUAUAAUAACUCAUAGUAGAAUACCAUUACAUUUGUUCUCCAUAUUAACCUCCUCUCCCUCAGACUCAUGUGCAAGCUGAACCAUGUGGAACUAUCUCGGUUCAUUUCAAUUGCUCAGUUCUGUCCAACUGUUUGCAACCCCAUGGACUGCAGCACGCCAGGCUUCCCUGUCCAUCUUCAACUCCCA